CCACACAAGUGGCCCUUUGAUUUAUGUUGGUUUUCUUUGAUUUAUUGAACAAAUGUUUGAUUUUCAGUUUCCGUAGUUACAGUCGACCUGUUGAGCUCACUUCCGGUUUGCUUAUGACAUACCAUAACGUUGUAAAGUGUCCAGUUUGAUGUGGAUGCUCAGGAUGUGGUAAUUAGUUUAUGUCAAAGUGGUUAUCCAUAGCGGAGCAUAUUCAAACUAUGUACACGUGUUGGGUAAACUGACGUAGGAACCAGGAACCGUACAUUUGUAUUUAAAGACGCUGACGGAAGACAUUUGUAGACGCGCACACUUCCGUAAACUAGAGCCGCUUUCGACUCGCCCGUGUGGUUCGUUGUGUUGUCUCCGUGAUGGAUCGCAGCAGAUCACCUGAUAGAGCUGGAAGAGAGAAAAAACACGAGAAGAAGAAGAAACGAAGACGAUCCUCCUCUUCCUCCUCCUCUUCCUCCUCGUCUUCCUCAUCCAGCAGCAGGAGUCGAAGCAGAUCCUCAAAGAAAGCAUCGCACACAAGUCAAGAUGUGAAAACACAAAGAAAGAAGCGAAGAAGAAGCUCCUCUUCUUCAUCGUCCACUUCUUCUUCGUCGUCUUCUUCGUCGUCUAGUGACGAAAAGAAGAAGAAGAAGAAGAAGAAAAGUAAAGCCAAGAAAAAGAAGAAAGAGAAGAAGAAGAAAAAGGCGAAGCUGAAGAAAAAGGAGAAAAAGGAGAAAGAGAAGAAGGAGAAGUUGAAGGAGGAGAAGAAGAGAGCAGAGGUGGUGUUAGUGCCCAGCCCUCCUGUAGAGAAGCCUCCAUCUUACCUGGAAGUGUGGCAGAGUGAUGAGGGGGCCAUGGAGCUCGGACCUGGUGGGACAACACAUGACUUCACUCUGUUUUAUCCAUCGCAUCUGGUUGUUGAAAUAAUGGAGACGGUGAUGACCGAUGAGCAGAAGGCCCGACUCUCCACGAAGAGGCCCAUCACCAAAGAGGAGUACGAGGCCAGGCAGAGUGUGAUCCGCAGGGUGGUGGACCCGGAAACCGGACGCACCAGAUUGGUGAGAGGAGAAGGAGAGAUCAUCGAGGAGAUAGUCAGCCGAGAAAAACACAAAGAAAUCAACAAGCAAUCCACGAAGGGAGACGGGAAAGACUUCCAGAGGAAACUGGGAGUGAACAGGUAGAAGAUGCUGGAUCUCCUUCUGGAGCCUCGAUAAGCUGAAUGUUACAUCUCAAACGGUUGCUGACUUCACUGCACAGUGACGGUACAAAGUAAAGGACGUUUACUCUGGAUGUUCACCCAGUUCAUUCCUGGUAAAAGACAGUUUCUCCGACUGAUUUGCCUUAUUAAAUCUAAGCUGGAGUUGGUGAUGUCCCAACUAGUGAUCACAUGCGAUGGUAAAUGUAUUUUUAUUGUUUUUUUUAAGUAUUUCAAUGAGUAUAUUCAAGGUUCAGUCCUGAAUAGGUUUUCUGUACCUGCUGACUGAAGACAGACUGACCAUUGAAAUGUUUUCUUCAUUUGAAAUCAACUGAUUUGUGUCGUACGUUACAAAGCUGGUUUAAGCGCUGACUCGACUCUUUUGGCUUCAUACUCUGAACUUCACUUCUGUUUCUUUGGUUCUCUGAACAAAUCUGCAUUUGGAUGAAAUGACUCCUGAAAAAUAAACAUUGUCAGCUGCA